UGUUAACCUCGUUCAUUGAUUUGUAUUGAGAAGGGUUAGCAAUCGAAUGUUUAGUAGCGACAACAUUGAAUUACUCUGAAGGAAUUGUUCGAUCAGAAUAUCGUCUGCUGAACUAUGGAUAUAAAUAUGAACGACAGUGGUACUGGUAAACAUGGCAGAAGCAGAAGCAGAACAUCUAUAGGCUCAGCAGGGAACACAAAGUCUUUCAGACAUCUUUUUUCACGAUUUUCAGAGAAGACAUCUAUGCAAGGUAUAUUCUACAUAUACAGUGCUAAGAAAAGUGCACAAAAGAUCUUCUGGGUCUGUCUUCUCAUCGCUUGUACUAUUGGGAUGAGCUCACACUUGUACUAUCUUAUGAGUCAAUUUCUGGAGUACCCUGUGAAUACAAAAAUUGAAUUGGGAUUUAGUAACCUCAUUUUUCCUGCAGUGACUAUUUGUAACGUGAAUCCGAUUCGUAGCAGUAAACUAUAUAUGGCUACAGAAGAACUCCAAAAAGUUGCCGCACAAUUGCAAGUUAGCGAUUUUUGGGGAUACGAAUCAUCGACACAGAAGUAUACAACACACAGCAGUACAACCUCAGGACAGAGCAGUACUACCUCAGGAGAUAUCAGUACCCCCUCUGGAAACAACAGUACUACCGGGCCUCCGGUCUGGCAGGAAGACCUUGAUUACGACUAUUCUGAUUACUAUAUUGAUGAAGAUGAUGAUAUUGGAAGCAUAGUAGACCUGAGACUUGUGAUGCUAGAAAAAUUUAGAGGGUUAUAUAAAGAAGAAAACCGUACAACCAAAGAAGAAAUGGGACAUCGAAUAGAAGAUAUGCUGAUAUCAUGUACUCUUGGAAAAUUUAAAUGUUUUGCAAGCAACUUCACGGUAGUACCGCAUCACGUGUAUGGGAAUUGUUUCACACUUAUAACAGGAGAUAGGAAGAUUUCCAAAGCAGGACCAUCAAAUGGACUUUCGUUAGUUCUUUAUAUGGACAGACUCGAAUAUCUCAACGAGAUUUCCGAAGGGUACGGGGCACGAGUACAGAUACAUGACCGUGAUACCUACCCAUAUCCAGAUGAGGGAGGGAUUUUUGUGCCAACAGCAAGUGAAACAAAUAUAGGCAUACGCAUGGUUACCAUUGAAAGACAAGAUGAACCAUAUGGAAAUUGUAGUGAAGAUACAUAUAAAGACGUAUAUGGAUAUAAGUAUACUCGAUAUCUAUGUCAGACUAUGUGUUCCCAUAAUAAGACCUUCCAAAAAUGUGGCUGUCAUGUACCAGAAGCGACGGAAAUCAUUCGUAGGCCGUCCGAUGUAAUUGAAGUAUGUACAAAUCACACAGAACUGAAAUGUAUGCAUGAUGAGCGAAAAAGACAACAGAAAAGAAAAGAAGAGUGUGAAUGCUUUAAUCCUUGUAGGGAAAACCAAUUUUUGAAAACCAUCAGUCACCGAAAUUGGCCAUCGGAAAAAUAUCUGCAAACUUUGAAAGAAGGGGUAUGCUUUAAUAUUAAAAACAAAUGCUAUGAGGCUUCACUUUAUGAUACCGAAGACGUCCAAUCACGAAGUUUAGACUACGUUAAAAUUGACAUAUUUUACGAAGAUCUGAAUUACGAGAGGAUAGUGGAAACUCCAGAAAUUGAGAAUGCCCAGUUUAUGUCAGAUUUUGGUGGCGCUGUAGGCCUAUGGAUUGGAUUCUCAGUUUUAAGUUUUUUCGAACUUAUACAGUUACUUGUAGAGUGCAUCAAGCUUGCUGUUACAUGUAGAUGUUUCAGAAAUUAACAAAGGAGGCAAAUCGAGAGAAGAAGAAAAUACAAAUCGAGUUAAACAAGACAUAAUUCAGAAGCCUUAAUUGAUGUGGAGAAUUCAAAAUGAAACUUUUCUUCAAUAGGAUCUAGAUUUAACGUUUACAACAGAUUAUGAACUUAUAACAAAUCUAAAUAUAUUUCAAAACGAACCGUGAUAACAUAAGACAAUCAGCUGAUCAUGAUAUUUUGUAACUAUAUGUAUAUUAUGUCUUACAAAUUUUAUACAUAUUUAUUUGUAUUCUAAAAUAACUAUAUAAAAUGAUGUGUAAAAUGUUUCAUACACAACUCAUAGUGCUCGCCAAGACAAUUUACCGUUUUGAACAGCUAAAAGGAAUUUGAGUAAAUAUAACAAGUGUUCAUUCAU